AUGGAAGGCGACGUGGUAGCACAGUUCACUGAAAUCACCGGCUCAAAGCCAGAGCUGGCUACCCAGUAUCUGCAGCUGACUGAUUUCAAUAUUGAGCAGGCCGUACAGCUUUUCUUCGAGAAUGGCGGUGCGCCACUGACUGAUGAUCCCUUACCGUCGGCCUCCACGCCACAGCGAGCUUCUCAUGCUGGCGGCUAUGGAAAUGAGUCUGGGGUAGUCAAUGUUGACUCCGAUGACGACGUCACAAUAGAUGAGUCUCGCUCUGCGCCUCGGAAUCACCCAUCGCACGACGCUGUGUUUGAAGACGAUGCAGCUAUGGCCCGUCGCCUCCAAGAAGAGAUGUACGGCGGAGGAGAUGCUGAAGAGAACGUGCGUGCGCCGAUGGCCCGUACAACAGAAACCUUGGUGGGGCCUGAAGCGGACUUUGACGACGGCGAUAUGCAUGCCAGCAUAUUGGGUCAACUGCGCGCGCGCCAGCAGCGAACCAACCGACCGGGAAUUUUCAACCAACGAGACACAUCGAUAUGGUCUGGAGAGGACGAUACCUCGGAACGUGAACGUUUGGCCGCAGCGACUGGAGGAGCUUCCGAGGCGUCGAAUAAAUCUAAUAUGUUGGCUGAGAUGUACCGCCCCCCUUUCGAGAUCAUGUCCAGACUUCCGUGGGAUGUCGCUCGUCAGGAAGGUCGCGACAAUGAGAAGUGGUUGAUGGUCAAUAUCCAGGACCCUUCAGUCUUUGAUUGCCAGGUUCUGAACAGAGACCUCUGGAAGGAUGCGGGUGUGAGAGACACCGUUAAGGAGCAUUUUAUUUUCAUGCAAUAUUCCAAGGACGACCCUCGCGCGGGACCGUAUCUGCAGUACUACUUUCAGGCGAGCGACGUCUCAGAUAAUUAUCCCCACAUCGCGAUUGUUGACCCCCGGACUGGAGAGCAGAUGAAGGUCUGGUCGGGGCCUCCCGUGAUCAAGGCAUCGGACUUUCUGAUGCAACUCCACGAGUUCCUCGAUCGAUACAGUCUGAAGCACAACGUGAGAAAUCCCGUGGCGAAGCGGAAGCCGGAGAAGAAGGAGAAGAGUAUCGAUGCGAUGACCGAAGAAGAGAUGAUGGAGAUGGCAAUGAGAAACAGUCUAGGGGAUGAGGCGUCGCAAGGCCCGAAGAUGGAGGAUCCCGACGAUCUCACCCGCAGCACCGACGAUGUGAAGGGUAAGGGACGGGCUGAAGAUGUUGGAAUGGAAGAGGCCGAACAACCUGAACAGAGCGCCUUCUUGUCCAUUCCGGACAAUCGACCCCACACAGAGCCCCCUGCCGAUCCUGCCACAACCACGCGCAUUCAGUUCCGACACCCGUCGGGGCGAGUGAUUCGGCGUUUCGCUUUGACGGAUCCUGUCCAGCGGAUCUACGAAUGGCUCAAGGCUGAUCCUCCCUUGGCUGAUAAAGCUGGUGUGGAGUUUGAGCUGAAUGCCAUGGGCCGCAAUCUGAUUGACUUGUUGGAUCAGACCGUCGCCGAUGCUGGACUGAAGAAUGGAACGGUCAUGAUAGGCUAUGUUGAGGAAUAG